AUGUCUUUGGGCGGGCUGUCGCUCAAGUCAACGUUCGUAGGCAUUGUCCUCACGAUCGUAGCUGUCAUUGCCACAUCCUUUCGCUUGUGUGUUCGUGCACGGCAGAAACGUCUGUGGAUUGACGAUGCAUGGGCGGCCAUCGGCAUGAUAUCCAACUUCAUGCUAUUAAUCGCCGAUUGCUUGUAUCUGCAAGACUACGAAAGAUACCCUCAAGGCACAAGGAUAGCAUUAUACUAUAUGAUUGCCCAAUUCUUUUACGCAGUUGUAUGGUCAUCGAGGAUAUCCAUAUUGUUUACCAUUGUGCGACUCACAAUCCCGGGAACCUUUUUUAGGAGGGUUCUCAUAUCCGCUGCCGUGACCUUCGGCAUUGUAUGGGCUCUACUCUUUUCACAACUAUGGUGGCUUUGUGAAACCGAGUCCAGCUGGAAAGCACAACCACAUCCGCAGUGCGAUCUCGGCAGAGGUGUUGCGAUAACACAGAUAAUCAUCAGAUUGUCAACGGGGCAAAAAGUUCGGGUAUUAUCUGUCUUCUCUGCAUCAGCGAUCACCACAGUUGUUAGUCUCGUCCAUGCAUAUUACAUCUUUUCUGGUGGAGGGCUAAAGGAGGUCAUGGCUGCUAUAGUUGAGGCUUCUAUGUCUCUAAUUGUCGCGAACCUGAGCGUCGUUGUCGCGUCCAUCUUCCGUUUAAAGGUAGAAGAAGAUUCACCAUCCACUCCAACACCCAUCAUAACUUUUGGAUCACAACCCAAGAAGCGCAUUCGUGACCCUCUUGCUACGACUUUUACAGGUCCUGAAAGUACCCCGAUCGUACUGGAGGAUUUAUCUGAGUCUCGCCCCCAUUCUCUGAAGACGGGCGACGAUGACGAAAUUUCUUUCGACAAUAGAGAGGCAAAGCAGACGAAUGAAUGUAUUUUGGUGAAUUUACCUCUUCCCACGUUCUCUAGUGCGAACGGGUUCAAGCUAUUCGACCACUAUCAAAGAUACCUAGGAUACCCAAGACAGCUCUGUUCGACGCCUGCGAUGUCGAUCCACAUCCCACUCCCUAUCCCAAGUCAUCCAGAUGAGGCUUCGCCACCAUCGGCACUUUCGGAGAAGGAGCAGACUUUAUAUAACAUUGUCCUCGAACACUUCUCUGCCGCAGAUUAUAUACUUCCAAAUGUCAACCAAGAGAAGGCUGCACUAGUAAUGGAUGAAAAGUUUUGGCUGUCAUAUGAAUGUCUGCUGAGAUACCUACGUGCUACAAAGUGGGAUGCGAAUGAGGCCAUCAAGCGCUUGGAAGACACGUUAAAAUGGAGACGCGAUUUCGGGAUUUAUGAUAAGAUCACGCCCCAACAUGUCGAACCAGAGGCAACGACCGGCAAAGAGUUCCUCUUUGGCUAUGAUACUCGGGGUCGACCUGCCCUUUAUAUGUGCCCCUCAAAGCAGAAUACUGAGGAAUCACCACGUCAAAUCCAUUAUACUGUCUGGAUGCUCGAACGCGCUAUCGAUCUUAUGGGUCCAGGUGUUGAGACCCUUGCAUUGAUGAUAGAUUAUGCGGAUAAAGCCAAAAACCCAUCAAUCACUACGGCUCGCACAGUGCUCAACAUUCUCCAGACACAUUAUCCAGAACGCCUCGGUCUUGCGCUCAUUGCACAUCUUCCCUGGCUUUUGCAUGCAUUCUAUAAACUAAUAACGCCAUUCAUUGAUCCCCUCACUCGGCUGAAGAUGGUCUUCAACCCCGUCAUCACCGAAAAUGGUCUCUUUCGGACGGCUGCAGAUGCUGAAGCCUGGAGUACCAAUAGUGCAUCACGGGUAUUUGAGCCGGGACAGCUUGUGCAGGAGGGUUGGAAUGGCUCUCAGCCGUUUAUAUAUUCCCAGGAUGUUUAUUGGGAAGCAUUGGUGAAGCUAUGUGAAGAGAGGCGGUCUAGGAUGGCCGCGGCGUGGCAUCGCAUUGGAGGGAAGGUCGGUACUAAGGAGUGGGAAGUUAAAGUUGCCGUCAGGGACGAGACGAUGAAUGUGCAAGUAGAUGCGGAAAACGUGCUGGUGGAGAAUGGCCAGUUACAGUCCUGA